AUUAUUAUUUUAUUGAAUUGUGUUGUUCUCUUCUAUCAUGUAUCUUGUAAUUUUUUGUCUUUUCCUUCAUAGUUUAAUCUUUUGCGAUCAGUUCGAUUUUUCAAAUGCAAAAGCCUUGCACGGUUAUAAUAUUCAACAUGCAUCUGUGAACGAAUUUCCUUUUAUCGUGUCCAUACAAAUUAGUCUUCAGAAAGAAUCAGCUCCAUUUCAUAUUUGUACUGGAGUACUAGUUUCUAGGAUACACGUAGUGUUCGCGGAACACUGCUUAGAAGAACAACAAUAUAAGUAUUCAGUUUUGGUUGUAAAAUCAAUUAAAUCACAAAAAAGACUAAGUCAUGCAACAUGCUGGAUGAUUACGUAUAAUCAAUGGUGUAAACAAAAGUCUAUAACUAUGCAAUACCAAACAAAUGAUAUUGCAAUAUUUAAGUUAGCUCAAGCUGUGGAUAAUCACGUCAAUCCUGCACUUAUUUCAAAUAUACCAAAUAACUUUUUAUAUGGAUUAAAUGUGACGAUUGCAAGUUGGGAUAAGACAAAUUAUAACGAAGAUUCGAUUACUAUAAAUUAUGGAUAUGUGACAGUAUUAACCGAUUCAGAGUGUGAAAAUCAGUGUAGUGAAAUACUUGGAGAAAAAGUUACGUUGCCAACAAUAAUGCUGUGCACCGCAGUUAAACCAUACGUAUUAUUAAAUAUUGAGGAUAGUGGCGGACCACUCUUAUAUAAUGGUGUCUUUAUCGGAUUGAACGCAGGGUCGUGUCCAUGUGAAGAUGCGGUAUAUCAUCCGAGAAAAUUAAACAUUCAUUUUAGUAUAAAUUACUAUAAAAACUUUAUUAUAGACAUAAAAGAAAAUUGUAUAUAA